UUGCUCGCCCGUUAUAUGCAAUUUCGUACUUCUGCCUUAUCUACCGACGAACUAAUGGUUAGAAUUGAAAAAUUCUUUUUAUUUUGAAAAGCCCUUUUAACGAGGAAGGCUUUAAGCUACUUAACAUCACGCUACGGCCUAUAGGAGCAAAGCACCGAUCAAAAAUGUGGCCAAAACGGGAAAAAUAAUGUUCGGUCGUCGGCUAGUCUUCAUAUUAUAAUAAAUGCGAAAGGUAUCUCACUAAAUCUCGAAAACCGCUUGACGUACAAAGAUUAAAUUUGGCAGGGAGGUUAUAGUUAGUAGGUAUCUGCUAAUAAUGAUUUUUCGAUAGAGCCUGAUUAAAGAGUUCUAGAGGUUCUCACAAGUUUGUAUGAAAAUCUUUGAUUUUUUAUGUUACAAUUGAAAUUUGACAGGGAGGUGUUUUGUAACAAUUUUUUUUUUACAUUCUUCAAGUAGUGAGGUCCUUGAGACCACAAGGCCCAACGAGAGUAAUAUAAUCACUUGGUAAGGUUUUAAGCGAUGGCCCCGACGCCGUCCUUCCUCUAUAUAUGCGUCUUUAAUAAUUACGAGCACUAAAUGUAUGAAUGUAAUGCUUAGACUGGGUCUUCUCAGUCUACGAUUUUUUAUCAAUCUAUACUCUGUACCAACUUUUGACAUUUGUCAUUACUAAUCUGUCGCCAAAAGAGGAAGUGAGCGCGCGCGCGCGAGUUUUGUACCUGCAUCGAUAAGCCACGAGUCUACCAGCUUAUCCAAGGAUAUUGAUCGCUCCUGGUUUCGCAUAACGUGGAAUAGGAUAUUGAGACAGUAAAUGAAGAUGAGUAUUAAAAACGCGCCAAACAUGUCUCAGCGCGAGAAAUUCGAGUUAAUUAAUUCGGAAGUGCGUUCCUUUUACGAAUAUUGUAAAGAGGCGGGCAUGAGUGACGAAGAGAUGGAUAUUAUAUGCCGUCCUUUGACGAAUGCUGUGCGUAAAGCUACAAUUAAACGGUGGACGAGAUUAUUUCUCUUGUUGGUGAUGAUAAUAGCUAUUGGGUACACUGUGAGUCAAACAGAUACUUUUCAAUGGCACGCGACAGCCAUCGUGAGAAUUUCUUUAAUAAAAUUGUUGCCGAUAUGGGACUGGACCCCUUUGUACUACAGCAAGUGUUUGAUAGAGAGAUCUCAGCCGCAGAAUGUGGAUUUAGUCUCUCCCACGGAUUGUGUUACUUGUGAAGCUAUCAGAACAAUAGUCAGAGUGUCGGACACGAGUUACACGGAGGUGUUCAGCCACCACCUCUCCCGCGGCGCGCCGGUGAUCGUCACCGACGCGUACUACGACUGGUCGGUGGCCGGCCUCAACCUCACCAACAUCAUCAGCACCGACACCCGGCUGCGAGACUCCGUGCCCUGCAGGACCCUAACCAACAUACGACUCGGGAAACAGCCCAUGGACUUAGAGGAAAUAGUUUCCAGGAUAACCAACACGGACAUCCCCAGUUGGUUCGUCCAUUUCCAAAACUGCGACAUCAGAGCUGUGAAAUCCUUCCGAAUUCUGGCCCCGAGACCGUAUUUCCUGUCCCCCCAUAUCCCUCCUUCGCAUUUCAACUGGUUGCUGCUAUCGAAAAAUUACGAUACAAAUAGGUUUAAAUACUUGGAACUGGAUAUAGGAUUGAUCAUUAUGUCUCAGUUGAAAGGGAAGACUUUCUUGCAGCUCAAGCCAAGGGCUCCUUGCGAGGAGAUAUGCUACACUUUGAAUAUCCAGCUAAAUGAAGGAGAGACCUUGGUUUUGGGCAAUUCGUUGUGGGAAAUGGAGUAUUUGCCAGGGACGGGCGACAAUGCUGCAAUGAUCACCGAGACCGAUUGGGUAGAGUCAUAAUACACGUUGAACAAUGUUUAUUGGAACUAGCUUAGGAUCGUAUGUUAAUGUAUAAAUUACUGGCGGACGACCAUAUAGGUACAUACCCCAUCUCACAUAAUGUUGCUAGCUUAAUUACAAAUUGGACAGUUUUUGGGUAGUUAAAUCAUUGUAUUAUGCUGUAUGACACGCUAAGCGAAAAAAGUACUACUCGUAUCUACGAUUCGAUCUCGGUUCGAUCCCCGUCAGUUUUGUGUCGUGGCCCAAACACUGACAUCACUACUAAUGGAGACGAAAGGUAAUAUUCGCGACAUUUUUAAAUAUUAAUCAUACUUAAAAUGUAGCCAAUAUUCUUUCGUAUCGACAGAAGUGAUAAUUUAAACCUUUUACCCUAUGAAAGAAAAAACCAGACAGAGUGGCGCCGUAACGCGUUACGUUACGAAGCGGCUUACCCUCCCAUAAGAAGUUAUCACUUCAAAAUUAGUGACUUUGGUUCGUAGAUGUUUUGCCUCAUAGGUAUGUCUGAACACUUCUGGAGACUUAUAAGUUCUAUUACUAAGCCUAUAAUCCUCCUAUGAAAAGAUCAUGAAAACCUUUAAUUAUUUAGGUUUAAAUAAAUUAAAGUUCGGAGGUCAACAUGAGGUAGGUUUUCGUGGUUAAUAAAUAUUUCAUGUGUUCUCAAUAUUUAUCUAUGUAUUAUAAAGUUUUUUGUACAACAUUUUAUUAAAAUUACUUCAGCCAUUUUCCAUGAUAGGAAUCGUCCAAUUUUUUACAUUUUUUUUUUACUAGAAUAACAUUUUAUGAAAUCAUACCGAUCAUUUUAUGACAUCAAAGCUGUCAAGCUAAUUGACGUCACAAAAUGCGCGUUAAGAUCUUCCCACAACACAGUUUAAGUUUUGUGGGAGCAUCCUUUUAAUAAUUUGUUCAUGUAACCUGUUUUUAAAUUGUUCCAAAUAAAACGGUUUUAAAUGUCAGAGAAUAGUUCCAAAUUCUUCUGUACAAUAACUGUAAGUAUCAAUAACAUUCACAAUUUAAAUAGAAAUUUUGCACAUGCACAUUAUGGCGACAACGUAGUGACGUCGCUAUGUAUUACUAAACUUAGUUAAGUAAGUAUAGUAUAAAAUAUUGUAUUGAAAAAAAAAAUAACGAUUGUGACAAAGUACCUCAAUAUUAUAAUAAUAUAUGAAGCAAACUAUAUACUUUUAUUAUUUCAAUAUUAUAUCCUUGUAGUUCGAUAUAAAACAUAAUAUAUUUUAAUAAAAAUGCAUCCUUACAUUGUAAUAUAUAUCAAAUGUAUAAUCUCAAACUUAUUAAAGAAACUGUUUGUUUGGGUCAAAUCGGUAGCCCAUGUAGCUUUGGAUCUUUAUGUUCUGGGUUCGAGUCCUGUGCUAAGCUGUAAUCUGACCUUUUCAAGAAAUUUUCAAUAGCAGGCCUGAGUUGGGAAGUUGGGUGUUAUAGUCUGGCAAAUUCGUUGAUGACAUUCCCAUAAUAUGCGGGCGACGGGGGCAGACUGUGCGGGUGUGAAAUAGUGCGUGCGAGGAAGUGAGGUGCAUGCAGUCAUGGGUUUCCAUUCGCUACACGUCCCCCAGCCCGCGCAGACCAUCGGGAGUGUUACGAUCGAAGUUGCCAACCUAUACACAGCCUGAGCGCAUGUUAAGAUGUCAGUCCCAAUAAUUAUCAUUAACAUCUGAUAAAGACUGUUACGGAUUCAACCAUUAUUACCUUAAGCUCGCCAAAACGCAUU